CACACUAAGUGAUAAUUACGACAAAACGGUCACCCUUUUUACUAACACGUAUUUGGACUUGGCCUUCUCGGUUCAUUUUCACAACAGAACCUUAACAAAAUGUCGAAAGCACAUGCUCCAGAUCUGAAGCGAUACAUGGGCAAGCGAAUAAUGCUUUCGAUGAGUGGCGCUCGCACAGUUACUGGAAUAUUGCGUGGAUACGAUCCCUUUAUGAACGUGGUGCUGGAAGAAGCCGUAGAGUUGGAAAAGAAGAAGAAGAACAGCAUUGGCAUUGUGAUAGUCCGCGGCAAUAGCAUCGUCAAUCUUGAGGUUAUGGAAAGAGUUUAACGACAAUCUAAGCGCAGUUUCACAACUUAAUGUUUAAAUGCAAACUACAUACAUAUGUAUUU